AGGAUUAUAAAAUUCCUCGCCGAAGCACCGAUGGGAACCACUGAUGUCCAUCGUAUACAUAUCCAUUGCACGCAAGACAGUGCAGGGACUUUUAAAGACUUAGUAUAUAAGCAGCAUGGCAAACUUAAUCAAUGAACUACCCGAGUGGUGCCGAAAGGAUUUUGUAUAUUUUCAAGACACUUUCAAAUUUACCCCGGAGGACAAAAUACUAACUUGGAACGAUCAUUUGUUCCUUCCACAGUUCCAUCCUCAAACGGUAGCCUAUGCUUUUGGAAACCAUGAACCGAAAGAAAACGAAGUGAUGAUAGCAGGGUGUGCAAAAACAGGCACCACGUGGACUAGAGAAAUUAUUCGACAGAUACUGUAUGGAAGAGACGAAAAACUUGAUAAAAUGACAAGAGACAUUACAAUCCCGAAUCUAUAUCUUGAGUCUUGCACACCAUCCAAGUUCAACGUCAUGCACAACAUUCCUUUACCCAGACGAUAUUUCGUUACGCAUGCACCAGCCGAACUGGUGAACUUGGAAAAAUACAAAAGCAGAAACAUCAAGAUGGUUUACACUCUGCGGAAUCCAAAGGAUCGACUGAUAUCAUUUUUUAAUUUCGUAAAAGAAUUUCCUCUCCAGGGCGGAUUGGUGCAAUUUGCAACCUCCGACUGGAAUGAUUUUUUUAAGCGCGAGAUGAUUGAUCCUACUCCAUUCAGCAUGAUGCGAAAAGGAGAGACUUAUUUGGAUCAUAUCUUGAGUUGGCUGCCGCAUAUUAAAAACAACAAAAACGCAACUAUGAUUGUGUAUGAAGAGAUGAUUAAGAAUCCUUUUGAAAACACAAAAAAGCUGUCGGAAUUCUUGGAGGUAAAGCUAUCGGAUGAAGAAAUCAAUAAAAUAGUGAAAAAUUGCUCAAUUGAUAACAUGAAGAAAUCAGACAUGGAAUCGACAUCACAAGAAGCCAUGAAUCGCAAAGCAAUUAAUCUCUGCGGGACAGGAAUUAUUGGCAAAUGGAAAGAUUAUUUCACUUCUGAACAAUCUGCUGAAAUAGAGAAACAAGUUGAGGAAAAAUUGGAAGGAACGCGAAUUAAGUUUAUAUACGAAUAAUUAGUUUACCAACUCAGCUUUUCCGAGA